AUGAGCUCCCACACCCUAUUGAUAUUGCUCGGCUUGUACACCCUGAUUUGGGCUGCCAAAGCCGGAACCACAAGUCCACAAUCAUUAUUUGGCGGUUCAAAGCCCAAUCAGGUCUGUCCUUUGAAUGGACUCACCCACUUGUUGCCUUCCAGAGACCACCACCCAUGGACACAUGUCCCAAGAUGCUUCCAGCCCGCCAUAACCUCGUCUAGGGGUAGAUCGCCCGACAAUGAAGCGUAUUGUAUCUACACAGAUUCAACUUUCCGCUCCGAGAGCGGGAUAACUUUUAUCACAAAACCAGCCAUUGCAUCAUACCUCGCCGAGAAGUCCGUUAUAAACCCAAAGAUCCGGAGUCAGGUUGACCAGGAGCGGCUAUCAGAAGCCGAUCAUGCGGCGAGGGACGCAGCAGCACAAACAUGGCCUGCUUACGAAGCACUGGCUCGCCCAGGCCGCGGUUUCGGGCUCUUUGCAAACCGCACCAUCUCAGAGGGUGAGGUCAUCAUCGUAGACUUCCCUCACUUCAUCCUGCUGCAUGAGGUGUACCGCCAUCUCAGUGAGGAGCAGCGGCAGGAAGCUCAGUGGACCGCAUUACUGAGUCUACCCCCAUCGACACAGCGCGAGCUUCGGAACCUGGCCAAGAGUCGGGAUGGGGAUGAAAUCGAUGCUGUCAUGGGGACGAACUCGGUCGGUCAGGUCUAUGGUAGAGAAGGAGGCGCGCUACGCCAUGUUGGAUUGCCGCCUCUAUUUGCUCGGGUAAACCAUGCCUGUCGGCCAAAUGCUGGCUAUCGUCUCAACGACACCACCUUCGAACUCGAGAUCUUUGCUCUACGCGAGAUUCAGUCAGGCGAAGAACUAACAUUCAACUAUCUCGGAGAGCAAGUCUCGCGCACCCAUGAAGAGCGCCAAAAGACCUUCCACAACCGAUGGAACUUCCACUGCAGCUGCAACCUUUGCUCCGCUUCGGCCGAUGAACUGCACACCUCGGACGAGCGCCGUCUCGAGAUCGAGCGGACGAAGCGGGCACUCGAGCGCUCGGCCGGUUAUGCAGAUCGCAUCAGACAGCACGCGGUGAGAAUACUGGAGCUGUACGAUAAGGAAGGCUUGGUGCAGCCCAGAGCGCGGUUCUACGAGAUCGCUGCGUAUGCUUCAAAUCAGAUAGGAGAUGUAGAGAGCGCAAAGCGGUAUGGGAAAUUGGCUGUUAAGGCCUGGGGUAUCGUGGCGGGUCGCAAGAGUGUGGAGGUGCAGAUGAUGAGAGAGUUGGUCGAAGAUCCUGAAAGACAUGCAAGUUAUGGUCACGCAGGCGGCGGAGGGUGA